UCCACACAUUCUCCCUCUAACGGAUCCCCUCUCUCUACAUUAUUCUCUGUGCAUUUUAAUUUUUUUUUUUUUUCUGUCACCGGGGGCCCAGUUUCCCCGCCCACUCUCCUCAUUUUAGCCUGAAACUAGAAUAGUGGAGCCAAGAAAUAGUUAAUCUCUCCGGCUGCUGCUAUGAUUGGCCGCUGUAUGCAGCGCUUCAGCCUCCUUGAAUGAGAAACAGGGGUAACCAGGCAACUUCAGUGCUGGAGAGAAGAGGGGGAGAAAAAAAAAAGAAGAUAGAGCUUUACGGGAUCUUAGAAUUAUGGAAGAAUUUUGAACAUGUAACAAGCAAAGGCAGUAUGAUUUCACCUUGUGUGUCCGGCAAAUGGAAUUAACGAAUGGAUUUUCUUAAACACGCUCUCUCUCUCUCCCUCUCCCUCUCUCUCUCUCCUCUCUCUCACUGGGGGGAAAAUAGAGCGCUCAAAUGAAGGGGACACAGAUGUGGAUUAAAACGCAUAAAUGGGACACUCCAGAAAAGCAUCCGCUGAGAAAAGUCCUCGGAGCAAGUGAUUGUGAUGGGCUGUUGGACUGCAUCUGAAGGACUCUACCAAAGAAUAAUAUCCAUUCCUGACCUACUCUGAAGAACGAUAUUUGAUUCAAUCAAUGUUGCAGUCUCCCUCGCGGGGAAUUACACCUGAGAAGUAGGUGGGCCCUCACAAAAGAGCAACGGUGGACCAUGUGAUACUUGACCUUCACGGAGAGAACUCAGACACACUCCAGAAGAUGUCAAAUCUGAUCUGAAACUUCUCUCGAGAGGGUCCGUUCAGCUCAUAAUUCAAUCGUCUUUUCAUGUGUAGUUUAGCAAUACUCAGUCACCAUGGGCCAGCAGUGAAGGAGCGCAGUUAUCAAUGCUGGAUCUUCAUUUACUGAGGAGUACCAGACAUCUCACCAUGGAUUUGAAGGAGAUUUUCUCCACCAAAGAGCGACUGUGAGAAAGACGGCAGUGUGGACACUGGGAGUUUGGAGGAUUAGCUAGUGUGCUGCUAGCCCAUGGUGGAUCUGCUGUGAGCAGGACAAGGGACUCAGUAGUGGAGAAUGUCAGCGGAGGCCGAGCUUCAGCCGGGUGUCAAAACCAGCCAGCGAAAGGAGUCCAGGAGGAUCAAAGGUCAGGACCGCAGUGAGGCGGGGCUUAUUAAGCGUUUCCGUGGAGAUGGUGUGCGGUACAAGGCCAAGCUGAUCGGGAUUGAUGAGGUGACAGCAGCGCGCGGGGACAAGCUGUGCCAGGACUCCAUGAUGAAGCUGAAGGGAAUGGCUUCCUCAGCACGUUCCAAAGGGGAGCACAAGCAGAGAGUCUUCUUGACGGUGUCUUUCGGCGGGAUCAAGAUUUACUGUGAAAGAUCAGGGGUGCUCCUGCAUCACCACUCAGUCCACGAGAUCAGCUACAUCGCCAAGGACACCAGGGACCACCGGGCCUUUGGCUAUGUCUGUGGGAAAGAGGGCCACCACAGGUUUGUGGCCAUCAAGACUGCACAGUCGGCGGAGCCUCUUAUCAUUGACCUGCGCGACCUCUUCACGCUCAUCUACGACAUUAAACAGCGGGAGGAGAUGGAGAAGAAGGCGCAGAAGGACAAACAGUGUGAGCAGGCGGUUUACCAGACCAUCCUGGAGGAUGAAGUGGACGAUCCAGUUUACCAGUACAUAGUGUUUGAGGCUGGACACGAACCCCUCCGUGGCCCCCAGUCAGAGGAGAGCGUUUAUCAGGUCCCAACCAGUCAGCAGAAGGAAGGGAUCUAUGAUGUCCCAAAACGCCAUUUCAUGACUAAUAUCAACCACUUUGAUCUUUUCGGCGACAUGUCCACUCCUCCCUCGAUGCCUCCAUCACCUGCCAACACACUGGACCCUAGCAGGAGCAGCCGCCAGCAGCAACACACUCCUGCUGAGAUGUAUGCCCCGUUCAGCCCCACCUCUGUGCCGUCAGGCUAUAUGACCAUGGGUCCGGUGCAGGCGGCCCAGUGGGCGCAGCAGCCAUUUCCCACCCAGGCUCAGACUCUGGCCUUCCCCGUGCAGGGGCCCCUCCAGGUGGCUCAGGUCCUCCCCGGUGGUCAGCCGGUCAUCUGGAGCCAGGCCAACAUUUUCCCAGCCACUCAGCAGCAGUGGGCGGCCAUGGCGGCCUACAUGCCGGCUCAGACCGUGGGCGUGGGGGGCCAUGCCAUCCCAGCUGCCAUGCUCCAAGGCCUGGUUCCCAUUACCACCAUGUGCCCCCAAGCCUGCGACCUAUCAGCCCCAUCCUCGGCCAUCACCAGCCCCCAGCACACGGCUGACCCCGCCCUGCUCCAGAGGCAGCUGAGCCUGGGUAAAGAGGGCCUCGGCAUGGACUCAGACGCAGGCGAGGGCCCUUCUACAUCAGGAGUCGGAGCAGCAGGUGUAGGACCUGGUGUUGCGUCAGCGGCAGUGAGCAGGUGUGGGACCCCAGGCCUCAUGAGUGUACCGGACACACUGGCCUGCACUCAGCUGUUGCCACCUUCAUCUGCUACGACCCAGGAAGAGGAAGGAAGCUGUAGUGACCUUGAUCUUUCUAGGAUGACCUUGAGCCCAGGUACAUCCACGUCACCGUCAACUGAAUCUCCAUCCACUCCAGCCCCUCAGCAGAGCUCCUCUUCUGACUGCCCCCCAUCCCAGGCCAGUGACCCCCCCACAGAUCACUCCCCUGUAGACCCAGAGGGCAACGCCAGCAAUUCUAAGGAGGAACAAUCGGGCUCUGUUGUUGCCAGGUCCGUCUCUCCGGUACCCAGUGGAGCUCCUGAUCCUCCGCAGGAUCAGAUCUGUCCACAGGAGGACAGCUAGAGAUCAACAAAAACUGAGGGAUGGAAGCUCUCAAGGCCAAGACAGAAGCUCAUGAGAAAGAGAAAAAGAGAGAGAUGAGUGACAGUGAAAAGCAGCAUCUCUCACAGCUGGAUUACACAGACUUGUUCUGUUAUUUCAACCUUUAAAGGAUAUUUUGGCAGUUCUGUAAUAAGCUGGCUAUCGCAGGAUGUGCUUUCCUCCAGAGGCCACAUACUGUACUGUACUCCUCAGCAUGACAACCAGACUUUGGCUUUAUCGUCCAAUCAAAUAACCUUUCAACCAGGAAGUGACCUUUGAUAAACCUACAACCGGGGGUGAUUGCAUCCUCCUGUAAUGGAUUUAUAUCUAUGAGGAUACGUUAAAAGGCCAUGGUGACACUGAUGAUGCAAAUUAUUUUUUUGGAAAUGUUCGAGAGGAGCAGCGUCCUGCCGUAUGUGGUUGACCUUCAGUUUGUCAACUGCCACCAGCAAAGACUGCACAGCAGAUGGAUUUGCCAAAUGUUCUCAUAGUGUUGCUCCACCGACUCGUCCAUUUGCAUGAACAGACUCAGUGUGGAUUCAGCUGACUCAGCUGUGAGCAAAAGCGUUCUCUGCAGCUUCCUCUUAGGUCUGAAACAAAUUUUUAAAAUAUGAUUUUUCUUUUGUUUUAUUUUAUAAGCUGUGAAUUCUUAGUUGAUGACACUGAGUCAUUACGGAUAUCAAAAUGACUUGGAGGCAUCAACGUCAAAAAUCUAAAUUUGCCAAACAUCUAUUUUGUAAAUAAGAAACUUUCCAGCCCCCCAUACCUGAGCCUCUGUGCCAUAAGAUAGCUCUCUGCCUCUUGGAUGCCAUCUACCUGUGUCCUCUCAAGCAAUGCCCUACCAGCACCUCCAUUUUUGACGUCUGGAUGUUUGUUUUGCUUUGGCUGCAGCCUUUUUUUUUUCUUUCUGAAAAUGUCUUUGUUUCUGUUGGAUUGGUGAGAUAUGAACUGUGAAUCUGUGUUACAUGGUCAUUCAAAAUAAAGCCUGCUGAGCCUGUCUCACUCAUUAAGGACUUGAGAGAUGAAAGAAAUGAAGGAGUGGAAACAAAAAUCCUACUGCUUCUAAGAGGUCACAGACUUUUUAGUGAUAGGAGGCAGAUUUUCCUGCAUCUCUUUGUUUUUAGAUAUUCUGCAUUUCCAACUAGGGUCGCACUGUUUACAAUUUGCCUCUCAAAAUCAUAUCUCUGUUUGGUUUCUUGAUUAACUGAGCAGAUUAAACUCAUUCUGAUGUGACAUGGCUUAAAAACCACAAGCGCAGAGACCGUAGAGUGCAUUUCUAUGCCUUAUCAGGUUUAUUUUUGUUGUCCAGUCACUGUUCUUCUUGUCAGGUCAUUGUAUACAGUAAACAGGUCAUUGUUGUAACAAAGCACUUGGGCAUAUUGUAGGUCUGCUCCACUGAAUCAAAAAUGAUCAAAAAGAAAGGUAACUUUAUAUCAUAUGAACAAUAGAGAUAUCACUAUUAACUGCUAGACUUACAAUAACAAAUGGUAACUGUACCCCUGCUUGUGUAAGAAAAAUGAGAAAUAGUCCAAAAUAUUUUGUAAAUUUUAUUUAUGGAAUUAAGAAUUGUCAUGAAAAAGAGAAAAAAAGGACUUUUGUACGUCUAUGACUUCCCCAUACACUGUACCCAUGCCACUGUUCAGUCACAAAUAAAAUAUCAUGUGAUUCCCA